CCAAGAUGGUAAACGACAUAAAGUCGUUUGUUUAACUGCUCCAAUCUGAUAACUGGCGUCUACAUUUCUUUCUCCGUCUCACCUAGUUUUUAUCAUUAGGUGUUAUGGCUUCUCCACAGAUGCCCAUCAAAUUUCAGGAACAUUUGCAGGUUAUUAGUUAAUGUUGGAAUUCAGCCUAUCAGCAUAGGAUUUAGUACUUUGACUAUGGAAUCGGAUAAGUUUAUUUGUGUCAGGGAAACUACAGGUGAGACGUCACAAGUUGUAAUUAUUGAUAUGAAUGAUCCAAUGAAUCCUACUCGUCGUCCUAUAUCUGCCGAUACAAUAAUAAUGAACCCCGUAAGCAAGGUAAUGGCUUUAAAAGCUGGGAAGUUGUUACAAAUUUUCAACAUCGAACUGAAAAGCAAAAUGAAGACAUACACCAUGCCAGAAGAUGUCGUAUUUUGCAAGUGGAUAUCCGUGAACACCAUUGCACUCGUAACUGGCACAAGCGUUUAUCACUGGGCUAUGGAUGGUGAUUCAAAUCCAGUCAAGAUGUUUGAUCGUCACCAGUCUCUGACGUCUACUCACAUCAUAAGCUAUCGUUGUGAUCCAAGUCAGAAGUGGUUGUUGCUUAUCGGAAUAAAUCCAGAAAAAAACCGAGUUGUUGGGUAUAUGCAAUUGUAUAGCGUGGAGCGCAAAGUUAGUCAAGCGAUAGAGGGCCAUGCCGCUGCAUUUGCUCGUUACAUAAUUGAGGGGAACACCAGUCCCACCACGUUGUUUUGCUUUGCCUCACGAAAUGCCCAAGCGUGCAAAUUACACAUAAUUGAAGUUGGCCAACCACCUGCAGGGAACCAACCAUUUACUAAGAAAGCUAUUGAUGUUUACUUCCCACCAGAAGCUCAGACCGACUUUCCUGUUGCAAUGCAGACCUCGCCAAAGUACAGCAUCAUAUACUUGAUAACGAAAAGCGGGUACUUACACCUUUAUGAUAUUGAAAGCGGAUCAUGUAUAUAUAUGAAUCGGAUAAGCAGCGAGACUAUUUUCGUAACAGCUCCUUAUGAACCAACUUCCGGUAUCAUUGGCGUUAAUAAGAAAGGGCAGGUUUUAUCCGUCAGUAUCGAUGAAGAUACUAUCAUCAGUUACAUAACCACUACAUUGGAAAACCCUACACUUGCACUCCAAAUGGCUUCCAGAUGCAAUCUUCCUGGUGCGGAAGAUUUGUUUUUCAAAAAAUUCGAUUCUCUUUUUCAAUCCGGUCAAUUUCUAGAAGCUGCGAAGUUAGCAGCUAAUGCUCCUAAAGGUAUUUUGCGCACUCCACAGACAAUUCAACGUUUUCAACAGAUGUCAACUACACCAACGGUAGCAUCGGCCCUGUCGAAUUAUUUUGGAAUUCUACUUGACCAAGGUCAGCUUAACAAGUUCGAAAGUCUGGAGGUUUGUAGACCAGUUUUACAACAGAAAAGGAAACAGUUGUUGGAAAAGUGGUUGAAGGAGGACAAAUUAGAAUGUUCAGAGGAGUUAGGCGAUCUUGUUAAGCAGGCGGACCCUACAUUAGCCUUGUCCGUCUACCUAAGGGCCAAUGUCCCACCAAAGGUUGUACAGUGUUUUGCGGAAACUGGCCAGUUUCAGAAAAUCAUCGUUUAUGCAAAGAAGGUCGGCUACACACCAGAUUAUAUUUUUCUGUUACGCAACCUAACUCGUAUCAACCCAGACCAAGGUUUGCAGUUUGCCCAAAUGUUGGUUCAGGAUCAAGAACCUUUAGUUGAUUUAGAACAAGUUGUAAAUGUGUUUAUGGAUCAAGGUUUGGUGCAACAAUGUACAUCAUUCUUACUGGAUGCAUUAAAACAUAAUCGACCUUCUGAGGGACAUCUCCAAACUCGCCUAUUAGAAAUGAAUCUAAUGUCAGCACCUCAGGUAAGUUACAUGUUUAGUAUAUGUCGAGAUUUGGUUUGAUGUUAGUCACAUUGUCAUCUUGUAUCUACACAGGAUGCCAGUGUGUCACGUCAUUAUGGGCACAUUUUUGUUUUGAAACAGUUUUUCACCUUUUCAAACAUCGACUUUUUGUAACUCCAGCAAAGAGAGGCUCACUAUAAGACUACCUCUCGUUCCACAGAAUAUCUUUAUUCUGAUCAUAUGUGAGUGAAUGUAUGUGUUUGCCCGAGUUUUGCUAAACUCAGAAAAGCCACAGUAAAAAGGUUCUUUAAAGCUCAACUUGAUGAAGUCAAGAAUAUGUAUCAGGAACAACUAGAGCAGUUAGUCAACCGUGAAAGCCACAUCUACUUCAAGAUAGCUUGGCGUGAUAUUCAAACAGCAGUAAUAUCUGCCAGUAACUUAAACCAAAGGGUUAGGAACCAUUAUUGAAUUUCGCUAGCGUCUAGUGAACUGUUUGAUGCUCGGAAACUCACCUCGUCUGGCUCCGGGCACGACUAAAAACAGAGUCAGUUUAAACAUAGUUUGCUAAAAAGCCUACACAGUGAUCGUUAGCAGUGGUGGAUUGCAAAAGCAAGAUAUAGGAAAGGCGGAGGAAAUAGGUAUUAGUAGAAAACUAUUCAAACUUAUCAAGGAAACAGGUAUUACAAAUCCGGUUCUUAGUUAAGCUAUUUCGAAAUAAAAAAUGUGACCAUUAUUUACUUUUAUGAGCAACACAAAUGAGAAAAUAAUGUAAGUUCCUCAACUCUUAAUGAGGUUAAGAAUGCUAUGGAUAAUCUAAAGCGGGUGAGAGCAGCUGGGCCAAAUGGAUUAACCCCGGAAAUAUCUGUUGUUGGCUGUUCUGUUUUAGUAGUUAGAUUGACCGAAAUCUUAGCUAGAAUCUAGGAACUGAACGUGACCCCAUUUGAAUGGUGUCGAUCGUUGAUCGUCCUGGUUUAUGAGAAAAGACAAAAAUCUUGUGACGAUCACAAAGAGAUGUUUGACUAACGUAUCAGCUUCAGUCAAUAAUAACCCGACCACCUGGUUGGUGUCUUUACGACUAUCGUAACCAAUCAUUUGAGACUUAGUGAUAUAACGGACAAUCAUCCUCAAUGAAACAGGUACACUCACUUUUUUCCUUUAGUUCUCAAAUCUCCUUAUACCUUUUGUUUUUUCCCCACACCUUUUCUACUACGACCACUACUACUAAUGCUGUUAGUACUAGGUAUAUACAAGUCUUUAGUUGUCGAACAGUAUCUUCGGUUUUAUAUCAUUAUAACUAACCUUAUUAAUGUGUUGUGGGUUUGUGUCAUUACACAAAUGUAGAACAAAAUGAGAGGUACAUAUCUUAGCUAAAGAUUCGGUUGAAUUUGAUAAUUAUGUUAAUGAACAUACGAGCUCUAUGCAAAUCAUCACAUAACUGUGAUGACCAGACACGAAAUGCUUAUUGUAUGUAAUUCAUGAUUUUGUUUAUAUGUUUCAAUUGACCGUGUUGAAUGUUAGUAUUUUGUAAUACUAAUGACCCUAGUUAUUCUAAAUCUAAUAAAUAAAGGUAUAAAUGAAGUAAUAAACCUGCAUUGGCUAUUGCACUAUUCGAUUAUCUUUAUGGAUAUGUAGAAUUUCUUUUUACUCGUUCGGAAAAUAUGUUCUAUAUGGUAACCGGUCUUGAUACCCUUCAGGUUGCAGAUGCAAUUUUGGGCAACCAAAUGUUUUCGCAUUAUGAUCGGGCAGCUAUUGCUCAGUUGUGUGAGAAAGCGGGGUUGUUGCAGCGGGCUUUGGAACACUAUACUGAUCUUUACGACAUCAAACGGGCUGUCGUAAGUACACAUUUAUUAAAUCAUGAGGUAAGUACAUUUAUUUGUAAUCUUAAUUUGUUGUACGUGUCCUGAAUUUAAAUAGCCUUGAAAAUCAGUGUGGUAUAUAUGUAUUUUCUUCAAACUGCUUUGCUCAGUUCAAUGAUAACUAGGCCUAAACUAUAUACUUAUGGACUCAAAUAGCUUUUUAGAUGCCUGUGUCCAGACGGCAAACGUUUUGAAUAAGAUAGUUUAGAGAAAAUAACAUAUUUCCAGGUUUUCCAACUAUAAAGAUGAUUUGGAAGCUUUUAUUGUACUGUAUUUAGGUCACGAGUGCCCAUAGCCAUUUUUAAAAUAUUCUCAAUGUAAGUUAUCUGGUGUGCAGUUUCGUUCUGUUGAUGAAUUGUGAAGGUUAUGAGAUGCUAAUUUUAAUAUAUUCCUACAUAUUGAUAAAAAAAUCAUCUUGCCGAACUGAUUUUGGAUAACAGAAAAGUUGUACCUGAAUAUUCGGACUGUUCUUUCAUUAUCUGUACAACACGAAAUUAUGUUUAUUCAUCGAUAUGUGGUCGCGACAGCAUUAAUUCAAGCCAAGGAUAUUAAUUUCAUUUACAGUGCUUUAUUUUCUGACAGAUUAAAAUGAAACCAGUACGACUAUAUUUCCUCUCCAUGUCUUCAUUGAAUUUUAUUGCCUCUUUUAUAUACGAGUGUUAAAAUGAUACAAUGUUGUUAACAAUAUUGUAUACUUUUAUGAGUUAGAUGAAAAUACCGUAAUAAAUUAUAAUCUCGCAUUGUGAUUCCCAUUACCACAGUAUCAGGGUUAGUUCAGCAGUUUCUCCAGUUCAUAAGCAUAUUGAAUUGAGUAUAAAUUCCUCUCAAGCUCACGAAUCACUUCCUUAAUUCAUUGGAUAUAAUUUCCUUUAUUUAUGAUAUACACUGUGAAGAAUUUUUUGUGUUCUUUGUAACAGUUACUAGGCAAAUGGUAGAUAUCUAAAUGUUCGUGAUUAUAUGAUUUUCUAACAUAAAUGUCAAUGUCUUUUAGACUUACAGUGACUAAUUUUACUUCCACACAUUGUAUUUGCGCACUACUAGUUGGUAGACUAGUUUUCGACCUGGACGUAGUUGUAUAGACCAGAUAUUCACACUACUUCAGGUUCUAGAACACAGACACACGUUCAGACGUCCCACAAUCGUAGUAUUUCUCGACCUUAAGGCAGCAUUCGACUCUGUUGAUCGUGAGGUUCUAUGGCAAUGUUUGUCACUGAAAGGAGUACCAAAGAAGUACAUUAACCUUGUAAAGACUCUCUGCUCGAACACAACUGGUCAAGUGAGAGCUUAUGGCGAACUGUCACCAGAAUUGAUUACCUCAAGUGGUGUUCGUCAGGACUGCCCACUCUCCAUUCUUGUUCAACUUUGUCGUCGACGUACUUUUAGAGAUAACACUUUCCUCGUCUAAAUUUCCAGGGGCUGAACUUCUACCGGGAGGUUCACUUGUUGACUUAGAAUAUGCUGAUGACGUAGUUUUACUUGGUGAAGACGCUGACAAAAUGCAGUCUUCUGACCACUCUAAGCAACAAAGUGGAAGAUAAUUAUCGUAUUUCCACCCGUCAAUUGUACCUCAAAAUGUUACACAAUCCGAGUGAAGGACCUUAGUUUUCAGGAGACUGUCAUUCAAGAAUUUCUUGUAGACACGCUAUUCUCUCUAUUUGAGUAAAUUAAUUCCCAUCCUAAUGAUACAGUAUAAAUGGAACAACCCAUUUCCUGAACUCAGACUUUGGCCUGGUAUGUAACCAACAAAAAAUAUAGUUGUAUGUUCAGAAGUGUUCUACGGUAGUGUUGAAGAAUCGCAAUCACCUGAAUCACACACACUACAACAGUCCUUAAAAUUUGUUCUAUAACACUCGAUGCUUUAUUUAUCUUUCUAUUAUACAUCUUUAGGAAUUCGAAUUCACAACGUUUCUGGGGAACUCCACCUGUAGCUUGGGUACUGCCGGUACCAAACCCGAGUAAAAGAGGAGUGUUGGGCAUGAAAUCAACCACCCCAUCCCAUAGAAAAAAACCUUGUCAAAAAACGCUAACCAAAUUAAGAAAACUGAAUCAUUUAAACUCUGCCCUCCGAGUUGAAAAAAGAAUUAUGAUGCCUCAUGGUGUAAGUCGAGAUUCUUCCGAAGUCACAAGGCCGAUGCCCCAAAGCAACAAUUAAUAUAGGUACAUGGAAUGUCCGGAUAAUGUGUGAUACCGCGAGAACCAGUCAAAUAGCUACGGAAAUGAGGAGAUACAACUUAGUGGUGCUCGGAAUCAGUGAAGUGGAGCCUAACAGGAGAGGAUAGAUUCAUAAGAGAUGCCGCUGUACUCAGGUCACAAAGACGAAAAUACUCCACACACUCAUGGAGUGGUUCUGAUGCUGUCCACAGAAGUACGAAAUGCGCUUGUUGGAUGGGAAUCUCAUGAAUCCAGGAUCAUCAAAGCAUCUUUCAAAACAAAGUAGAGAAUCAUAUUGAAUGUUAUCCAUUGAGAUGAGCCAACCAAAGAUAACAAUGACGGCAAUAAAGAUCAGUUCUAUGAGAGGCUGCAAUCGAUCAUAGCAAAGUGGCCAGGAAAGAAUCUGACCAUCCUAAUGGAAGACCUAAACGCCAAAUUCGGAAUGGACAACAUCGCAAAUGAAGAUAUCAUGAGACGACCUGAACUAACCGGGAGAAAGGAACAAGAAUGAUGACAGGUUUUCAAAUUUAUGUUCAUUCAACAGAAUUUUAAUUGGUGGCACAAUAUUCUUCCACAAAUCCAUGCACAAAGUUACGUAGCUCUUACCGAGUCACACUACAAAGAACCAGAUUGAUCAGAUUUGCAUCACUAAAAAAAUGAGAAGGACAAUCGAAGACGUAGGAAAAGAGAAAGGAGUUGACACAGCUUGAGAUCACUACCUGGUGGUUGUUAGGAUGAAAAUAAGGCUGAAGGAACACUGGACGACUGGAGAAAACAAUUACAAAGGUUCAAUACGGCCUUCCUUCGAGAUACUGACAAACUCAAGGAAUUCAAGAUAGCUCUCAACACCAGGUUCCAAGCCUCAUACAGAACAACAAGAAACGGAUCAAAGAAGCAGUAACUCUAAAGUGACAGGAGCUACUGGACCUCAAGUAUCACUAUAAUUAAGAAUGGAUCUCUGUCGAGACACUGGACAUUAUUCAAGAAAGAAUGAACAAGAAGACAGAAAUUAACAACUGCCGAACAAAAACAGAGAAAGUCAAGGUACAAGCUGGUUACACUAAAGCAAACAAGCUAGUGGAGAGGAACAUUAAAGCUGACAAGUGGGGAUACAUGGAACAUUUUGAGACGACAGCGGAAAAAAUGCAAGAGAUCAAAAUAUGAGACAACUAUAUGACAUAACGAAGAAACUAGCAGGGAAAUAUAGUAAACAAGAGGGGCCAGUCAAGGACAAAGAAGGGAAGCUAACCACUGAGAUUCAAGUACAGAGGAACAAAUGGGUAAAACACCUUGAAAAACUCUUGAAUUGGACAGCUCCAUUGAAUCCAUCGGACAUUGAAGCAGCACUCACAUAUAUUCCUAUAGUCGUCACUCCACCAACGACCGAAUAAAUCAGGAUGACGGGUCAUCAGAUAAAUCAAGAGAGGAAAAGCAUCAGGACCUGACAAACUACCAGCUGAAGCACUGAAGUUAGGUAUAGAAGUAACUGCAAAUAUGCUAUACGAUCCAUUCAGGAAGAUUUGAGAGGAGGAACAAAUGCCGACAGAUUGGGAAGAAGGAUAUCAAAUCAAAAUACCAAAGAAAGGUAUGAGAAAAUAUGAGAACUACAGAGGUACACCAUAAUGUCAGUACCAGGGAAAAGUUCUCAACAGAGUGUCGCUGAACCGGAUGACAAACUCAGCAGACGCCCAAAUUCAAGAUCAACAGUUCGGAUUCCGUAAGCAUCGGUCGUGUAAAAAAAACCAUGACAUUACGGACCAUCGAUGAACAAUCCAUUGAAUAAAAGCCACCACUGUACAUCAUCUUCCUUGAUCAUAAAAAAGAAUUUUACAUUGCUGAUAGGAAAACCAUAGGGAACCUUCUUCCAUACUAAGAGAAUCGUCAGCAUCAUACGGAAUUCACGCGACGGACUAGAGUGCAGCUUACGUCACUUUGUGGCCCUCUCUUGUACUUGCCAUCGUUUACCAACAAUUUUCUUAUCACCAUAGUGUCAUAUUAAGACCUGGAACUACCCGGUAAACAUUUCCGAAUGGUAAAUAUACAGUGAUUGUUAUUGAUUUUAGAAGACAAUCGUUUGAGCUAUUUUGUCAAUUUUUACUGAUGUAUAGUUUAUUUCAUCAUUCCUCCAGAUGUAUGUGAAAGUUUAAGUGAUUCUCUCUUUGGUCUAUAGAAGUAUUAAACCAAUUUUUGUAUUUAAAUGUGGUGUCAGCAUUCACUUGCCUUAUUUUCAUCCGGAAUGUUUCUAGUCUUUUUGUUUCUUUCUUACAAAUUUUAUAGUGGCUUGUCAAUUAUUUUGGCUCACUUUCUGUCGAUGAUUCGUUGGAGUGUUUGAGAGCUAUGCUACAGGCAAACAUUAGACAAAAUCUCCACGUCUGUGUCCAGAUUGCUACUAAGUAUCACGAACAGUUGGGGACAAAUGCGCUUAUCGAAAUUUUCGAAUCAUUCAAAUCAUUUGAAGGCUUGUUUUAUUUUUUGGGUUCUAUUGUUAAUUUUAGUCAAGAACCUGAAGUUCAUUUUAAAUAUAUUCAAGCUGCCUGUAAAACCGGACAAGUCAAAGAAGUUGAACGUAUUUGUCGCGAAAGCAAUUGUUAUGAACCAGAACGAGUUAAAAAUUUUCUUAAGGUAAUAAUCUUAGUAUUUAUUCUCUUGCAUUUAUUAUAUACGUAUAAAGUUGCGGUAAUCAACUUCAUUUAUGCUAGCCGAUUCUAGUUACAAGUUUAAAUCAUCAGUUGUCUACAAUUUAUCUAAACACAUGUAUUCUCUUCACUAAGGAUUUUUCUUAGUGAUGGUAUUGCAUGUAGAAGAUCGUGAGCUUAUCUUAUCAUUACUGCACAACCCCAGUGUAUUGUAAUAAUGGCUAUAAAUGUCCAGUUUAUGUAUAAAUUACAACUUUAAAGGAAAGCGAAUAAUUACUGUUGCCAGUCCGAAAUGUUUCGACCGUUGUUGCUACCUUGACAUGGUGGUCGGGCUUGCCUAUCGUGAUGAAGCAACCGAGCUAUACUGGCUGGAACAACCGUUCCUCAAGGUCCUACCAUGUCAGACAGGUCGGUUGAAGAGCGGUAAGACUAAAAGCAACAAACCCAAGGUCCGAAGGUGAAGUCGUACUGCUGACUGUACAGAGGUGUGACAGCAGUAAGGUGUUUCCUUCAGACAACCAGCAUGACAGCGAUGCUGCCUUCCCACAAGGAGGGGUGGGUUUAGAAUAGGUCGACCCUAAAAAUGCACACCUCAUCUUACCUCACGGAUUUCCGUCUAAUAAACGACCGUGAGCAGUGGUGGGCAACGAAAGCAAAAGAGAUGGAAAAGGCGGCGGCUAUAGGGAACACAAGACAGCUUUACAGACUAAUAAAAGAAACUGGAAUUAAUAAGUCAAGUGUAAGUGAGAUUAUAUCGGAAAAAGACGAUACACUCAUCUGCUCCCAGUCCAGACGUUUAGAAUGAUGGGCGGAGCAUUUCAGAGAACAGUUCAACUGGCCUUCAGCUACUCUACAACUACCCUCCAUUC